AUGAACAUAUUUGGAAUACAAUGUUAUCAAUGUAGUAGCGAAGAAGAUGAAUUUUGUCCAGCGUUUGGAAAAUUUGACGAAACAAAAAAUGCAUUAGUUGACUGUUUCAGUUUGGAAUCUUAUGUUCCAGGUCAUAUGUGUAUGAAAAUGGUUAAAGAAUCUUAUGAUACACUCUACGGAUUUAAAACUGUGAUACGUUCAUGUGCAUCUCGUUCAACUUUAGGCGUAGCUCAAGGAUGUCGUUAUUUUGUUGAUGAAUACGGUUUAGAAGUAGCUGUAUGUUAUUGUGAAAAUCGUGAUGGGUGUAAUAGGACUGCACUGAAAAAGAUAUCAUUUUUUCUAUUAAUAAUAGCUGUUGUUUCGUUAUACAUUAUUCAACAAUUUCCAUAG